AUGAAGAUUCCCUGCGGCGACGUUGUGGAGCUGGAGACCUCACUUCGGAUUCUCCGAAGACAGCAUCAUGCUCUUUAUCCAGUAUACAAGCUGUCCAUUCCCCCAGCCGACCAGCUCGUCAUUCCGACCAGUCAAGAGUGGCUCAUCAGACAUAUCAUGGAGGACCCUGUGAUAGCUCCAUAUCGUCCUGAUGCAAGCUAUGAGCGACGAUUCUGGAGGAGGAUCGUGGGUGUUUUGGAAGAUGUCGGGGUGAAGGAGAUUCAAGGGGAAAGUGAAGGCAGUGGAGAGAUAGAUGUCGAAAUCGAUGAGAGGAUCUAUACCCACUUAUCUGACCUGAUGGUUUCCGGUACAGCGACCGAAUCUGGAUCUCUGGUUGACCUACCAGGGCAGUCAUUCAGGACGUUCAUAUUCGACAGACCUGACGAGCCAAAUGAGCAUGCUCUAACGCUGCUAGAGGAGCAAAUGGCGAUUCAGGGUGGAAGUACGGGUCUGCGGACAUGGACCGCAAGUCUGCAUCUUGGACAAAUUAUUCUCUCCCAUCCUUCAAUCCUCUGCUCCAGUCACCACACGAGCCUAAAAGGAAAGUCUGUCGUUGAACUCGGAGCGGGGACAGGCUUCUUAUCUAUCCUCUUGGCUCAGCUUGGCGCGCGAGUGUCAGCCACGGAUCUGGGGGACGAUGUCGAAGGCGGUCUGGAAGAGAACGAACCGGUCCGUCAGGCGCCGCUCCGGCGACUCAGACACAACGUAGAGCUGAAUGGGAUGCAGAGUCAGAUCAGUGUAUCGCAUCUGGAUUGGAUGGACGCUUUAAAACCUGAGGCGGAACGACCAGAGAUCUGGCGCGACUCAUGCAAAGAAUCUCGCACAGUUGUCGCCGCAGAUGUGAUAUAUGAUCCAGAUAUUGUGCCCGCCUUAGUGAAGACUAUACAGGUUUUGAUCGAUACAGAAAACGAUGGCCCUUGGGGUCAAGCGAUCAUAGCCGCGACAGUCAGGAACAGAUCCACCCUGGAUUUCUUCAGGUCGAGCUGUGAGGAAGCCGGAAUGUCAAUCACGCUGCUCAACAUCCCGCCAUGUGAGCAAGCAGAGCAAAUUUUCUGGGACUCGGGUAUCGAUCAAGGCAGUGAUGUCGAGAUUAUGCGAAUCCACAAAUCGUCGACCAACUGCUGA